AUGUCUUCUGCUGCUCUGCAGAACACACCGACCUCGCUGACCGCCCUAAACAACCCUCCUCUUGUUCCAUCCUCCCCGUCGAAUCGACACUACUCGUCGCCCCAUUCGCCGCCGACUCGCGAAGCUUACCAUGCCCAGCAACAGCACGCAGGUGCCUCGCUUUCAUCAUCUCAACGACCUUCUCGCAACCACGGUAGCAACGGUGCCGACGUUCGUGGCUCUGUCCAGUCGUCGGAUUACAACAACUCGCCCAUGAGUUCGCGCGCCGCCAUUGCCUCGCCCGUCGCCGUGGCCGGAGCACCAGCCGAGUAUCAUACAACCUCAGAUCGGCGGAGAAACAUGCCUACGGCCGUGCCUCCCAGGACUUCUUCUACUCAACACGGCUCGGGUGCCGCGUCAAGCUCUCGACGAGCAACACAUGCGAACGAGCGUGGGACUAAUUCGCCGCGUCGAGCUCAGCCUGAGACGAAUGGAAGCUUGGAGGACGAUGCUGCUACCGCCCAAAGCUCACGCAGCCGCCGGGCGGCCCACCACCACCAGAUCGCUCAGGAACCCCCUCAGAGGUCAAGCAGCACCCGAGCCGGGGAUUCCACUACCUCGAUACCAAUCCGAUCGCAACAAGCAGCGUCCGUCGGUACCUCGUCGAAGGGGCCGUCCAGGGAAGCUAGCGAGAUUCUGAAUAGCAUUUUGAUAUCGCAGCCCGAGGUAGACAUCGACAGAGAGAAGGAGCGCCUCGCAUUGGCUCAGCCGCACCAUGCACAAGGUGGAGAAGACCAAGUAGCUUCGCCGCCCGUUCCCUCGCCCAUGGACAACGGCGAGGAAACACGCCGGGGUGGUCGGAGCCGACAUGAUUACUCCUCCAAGCGAGAGAAGCAUACCAAGUUCGGCGAGUACAUCCUCGGAAACACGAUCGGCGAGGGCGAGUUUGGCAAGGUCAAGCUCGGCUGGAAGCCAGAAGGUGGUGUCCAGGUCGCCAUCAAGCUCAUCAAGAAAGAUCAACUGGGUAGCAACCCUUCUCGAAUGGCUAAGAUCAUGCGCGAAGUUGCUAUCCUGAAACAGCUCACUCACCCAAACAUUGUCCGAUUGCACAAGAUGGAGGAGUCUGAGAGGCAUUACGGCAUCAUUCUCGAGUACGCGUCCGGAGGAGAGCUUUUCGACUACAUCCUCAAUCACCGUUACCUUAAGGACAACGCGGCAAGGAGACUUUUCGCACAGCUCGUGUCGGGCGUGGGCUAUUUGCACAAGAAGGGUAUUGUCCACCGAGAUCUGAAAUUGGAGAACCUACUUCUCGACCGCAAUCGGAACAUAAUCAUUACCGACUUUGGCUUCGCCAACACCUUCGACCCUGGCGAGGAGCUGACGGAGGAUGAGGAGGUCAGCCUGGCCGACCGCGAAUUCGUCAAGCGCAUGGGGCUGGAUAAGGUGAAGGCCAACGGGACCAGGAAGGGCGAUCUCAUGCAGACAAGCUGUGGCAGCCCCUGCUAUGCCGCCCCCGAACUUGUGGUUAGCGACUCGUUGUACACGGGCCGCAAGGUUGAUGUUUGGAGCUGCGGUGUCAUCUUGUAUGCUAUGCUUGCGGGCUACUUGCCCUUCGACGACGAUCCCGCCAAUCCCGAAGGCGACAACAUUAAUCUCCUCUAUAAAUACAUCGUCAACACGCCCCUCACCUUCCCCGAAUAUGUCACGCCUCACGCCAGGGAUCUUCUUCGGAGGAUUCUGGUUCCCAACCCUCGGAAACGUGCGGACCUGUUCGAGGUGGCACGUCACAGUUGGCUGAGCGACUAUGCUCACGUCGUCGAGCUGAUCACCUCCAGCACCACCACUCCUAGCGAGAUCCAGAACACGACCGUUCCUGCUGAAGAUGAGGGCGAAAACACGAUGCUCGCGCGAAGCGCAUCCGUCCGGGAAUCAUCCAAGAAAGCUGCCGCCUCGCCAGCUAUCGGUGGUCUUACCAGCAAGCAAGGCACCAUCGAUCCCGAUGCCGAGGCCGCCGCCCAUACCCGCCAGCAGAAAGACGCUAAGCGCCGCACUGUUCAGGUCGAAUACGUCGCGCCAACCACGCAAACCCAGCGAGGGGAGCCAUCGGGGAGCCACGCACGUGGCGGAAAGACGCGAGCUAGGUCUGGAAGCCAGGGACCAGUCGAGGUUUCGGAGCCCGGCCCAGCUUCGCCUCGGGACAAGCCGCUGCCUCGCGACCCGCCCUUGUCUAAGGAGGCAUAUUCGAAGGCCGCCAUUGGGUCCAGGAGGCCGCCAAGCGCUCACCAUAACGCUGUCAAUCGCGAAGGCGGCCGCAUGCCGUCUGAGAAUGCCUACAUGGCUUCGGUGGCUGGUACCACUGGAGGGCGCCCACCAACAGGAGGGUCGAUGAAAUCGACGGGCUCCAAGGUGCUCGGAGCUGGCGGGCGCGCCUCGUACGGCCAACCAUUACCCCCUGAAAUUGCCGGUACUAACGUGCACGGAAGGAUACAACAACCGUCCAAGGGGUCAGUUGGUAGCUACAACAUCUCGAGCCCUAUCCCGCAGGACCAGCAAGACCUGGACUAUGGCAGACCAAGCAUCAGCGUCCCUUCUAAAUUCGCUAGGGUUUCUGGAUUCGCCGGCGAAGGAGGCGAGCCCAAGGGCCAUAAGAGGUCGAACACCCUCGGCGAGAUUAGCGGUAAGAUCUUUGGGCGAAGCGGCUCGAUAUUUGGUGGCAAGAACCGAAAGCGUUCGUCGCAGCAGCCAACAGCUGGGGAGAAAGGCAAGAAAUACCCUCCUGUCAGCAUGAACAACUCCUUCGUCGGGCCCGAUGAGUCGCGACAGUCGAUGGACUCGAAGCAGUCGCGCCGCUCGUUCUCCAUAGGGUUGGGCAAGAAGCGGUCUGGAAGCAUCUCCGGAUCUCAGACCUCUCAGGAGAGGAGGCAUUCUCGACGCUUCUCCUUGAUCCCUCCAGGCUUCUCUCUCAAGGCCAUUGGCAUUGGAAAAGACCACGGUCCUGGCCAUGUCGACGACUUCCAUCAGGAUCUUCCCAUCCAUGACCCCGCGCGCGUUGACCAGUAUGGUCGGUACGUGGACCAGGAGGUUAGUCCGGACAACCAAGUGGAGGCCAACACAUUGGACGGCAUGUAUGCCCAGCUGCAGGACCCCGUACCGGCGGAGUACCAGCCGGCUCCGCAGCAUCGGUUUGCUCCUCAGCAACAUGGGAAUUACCAGCAACAUGGGAGUCCCCAGCAACACGAGAGGCUACCACCUGCAUCUCACGGCUACAUGCCUGAAGCUGUUCUGAACACGGGAUCGGAAUCGUCAAUCGACAAUGUUAGGCGGGCCCCUACCUCUGCGCCUCGGCCGCAACAGUACCCCCAGCAGGAGGAGGGUCACGAUGGGCGGAGGGUUGCCAACACCAGCCGUCUAAACAAGGGGGUGUUGCAGAAGAACAGACGAUUUGUCGAUGCCUGGGACACGGACGAGUCCUCCUCACGGCCACACGAUCACUCGGGCAGUAGUGGGCCAGCAAGGAAGGUCAUGGACUUCUUCAGAAGGAGAGGAAAGGCCAGAGGGGGUGAAGACCGGUGA